GCCGCCAACACACAGUAGCCAAACCUCGCCAAGAAACGUGAUUCAGCCUCGGAAUCUCCCUCCAAAACAGGUUUAGUUCCAAUUCAUGGCCAGUGGCGACAUUGAACUUGCGGCCGAAAGUUGUUAUUAUCUGCUUCGGUAGUCUUCGGCUGCUUGUUUCAGGCUCACGCAAAUUAGUCGUCUCUCGUCAACGGUGUAGGGUAGAUCAUUCUUGCAGCUAUGAGUCAGUACUUUCUCCCAGGAGUGUUGAGUUGUGUUCUGUUGGCAACCGGUGUUCUGGGACAAACGUUCGUCGACGAUCCGCCGCCGGAUUACUUCAAGCGAUCCUCGUUGGAUGAUUGCGUGCAACGAUUUCACUACAACACUUCGCAACCGUUCACUUCGGUUCACAAUGGAGAUCCGGUGGCCCCGGGGGAGUACAAGGCCUUCGCAUCGAUCGGCUGGACUCGAUCCACCGGCCGCGUGGACUACCUCUGCGGAGGUACCUUGAUAACGCUUAGCUAUGUCCUCACGGCGGCGCACUGCUCGGUGGAUAGUGAAAACAAGCGGCCGGACACGGUUCGACUGGGCGAUGUCGAUCUAUCGACGAAUGUUGGUGACCAGAACGCUCAGCAGAUUCCGAUCAAGCGGUUCGUGCGACAUCCGGAGUACAAGGCCGCCCGGGCGUACCACGAUAUUGCGUUGAUCGAGCUGGAACGGGCGGCCGAACCGAGUGACUUUGUGUGCCGGGCUUGUCUGUGGACCCUGCCGGAUAUCGGCUAUGACCGGUUGACGGUUAUGGGGUUUGGAACGACGGAUUUUGGUUCGGAUUUGAGCAAAAUGCUGCUGAAGGCCGACUUGAUGCCGCUGAGCAAGAGUGACUGCCAGGAGCGGUUUCCACCGAAUCGGAAAAUAUCGGGAGGUAUUCUAGAUAGUCAGUUCUGUGCAGCUGAUCCUACCAAAGAUUCAUGCGCUGGUGACUCAGGAGGUCCGCUGUUGGUGGAUCUUGUAGAUUCAGGAAAUAUUGGUGCUACUUACAAGAAGGUUUCCUUUGUGGCUGGAGUGGUAUCUUUGGGCACCGGAUGCAACGACGGAUCACUGGGAAUCUACACCAGGGUGUCCUCAUACCUGAAUUGGAUCGAGUCCACAACAGGAGCCACGUUCAAUAUCACCGAAUGUCCUCGCAAUGUCGAGUGCCGCUUGCACUAUCCAGAUGUGGAAAGCAAGAUCGUUAGCCAAAAUGUCGAUCCCAAGUUCAGGGUGAAGCUUCUCCAGCAAGAACAAAGUGAAGAUUCAAUUUGCAGCGGUACGCUAAUCGACUACCGACACGUGAUCACCUCGGCCGAAUGCGGUAUGCUCCAACCAAAGUUUAUCGAUUUGCAAGGAAAUGUGGUAGCAAUUACAAAGGUCACGAUCCACAACGACUUCAACGCGAAAACCCUAGAGAACAAUUUGGCAAUUCUGACGCUGGCGCAGUUCCUCAGUCGGGAAGCAACGGACCAAGCGUCCUACCUACCAGCUUGCCCGUGGAAGAAAGAGACUCUCCCCCAAGGCGAGGACAUCUACGUGUCCGGUCUGGAGCAGUUUGGCUACAGAGAGAACUACCUGUUCAUCAACGCAACGCUGGUCAACGAUAACCGCUGUCCAAAAGGAUCCCUCUGCACUGAAAACCCGCAGGACAUCGUACCGGGGAUUUGCAAACUUGACCAGGGUGGUCCGGUGACCAACUACGUACGAUCGCGAUUUGACAAGUUCGUUCCGAGCAUCUACGCGGUCAACUCGCGAGGGUCGGACUGUAGCGGAAAAGGUAACAUCUUCGAGGCUACCCCACUGGCGGCGCACUACAAGUGGAUCGAAUCGCAGAUUUUAAGCCACGUUGUGGAUACGCUCAACAGUCAGCAGACCUGGAACCAGCAAGAGUUUUACGAAAACAGUACGUGUUUGCCGCCGACCGGGGGACUCGGGAGGUGCGUUCCUGAUGGACGGUGUCGCCAACUGAUCAUAGACAAUCGGCACCAGCUGAGCAACAUUAAGAUCUGCAAGUUUCAGCCGUCCCCUAACAUGACAGUGUUCACGUCGGUCGUCUGCUGUCCGAAUUCGUAUUUGUGA